AUGUAUGGAAUUCUAUUUGAUCUCGAUGGUACAUUAGUUGAUUCUGAUCCGAUACAUUUUGAAGCAUGGCAAAAAAUUCUUGCAGAAAUAAAACCUAAUCAACCUUUGAUCGACCGAGAAUUUUUUGACAAGAAUAUUUCGGGUCGAUUAAAUGCUGAUAUAACUCGUGAAUUCUUAUCAUAUUUAUCUGAAGAUGAACAAGAAAAAUUAGCAGAUAAAAAAGAAUUAUUAUUUCGUGAAUUAGCUAAAGAAAAACUUCAACCAACAAAAGGUCUUGAUAAAAUACUUGAAUAUAUAAAAGAAAAUCGCUCAAAAUUAAAAAUUGGUUUAGCAACGAACGCACCACGUUUAAUCGUUGAAUUUGAAUUAGGACUAUUAAAACUUGAUGAAAAAUCAUUCUUUGACGCUGUGCUGCUUGCUGAAGAGUUUGGUAUUGGUAAACCAAAUCCGGAUAUUUAUUUGGAAUUAGCACGACGUUUAAAUGUUGAUAAAAAUUCUUGUGUUAUUUUUGAAGAUUCAAUAUCAGGUGUUCGAGCUGCUGUCGCUGCUGAAAUUAAAUGUAUUGGUAUACUGACAUCAGCAAAAAAAGAAACAUUAGAACAAUAUGGUACAUGGAGAACGGUGAAAAAUUUUCAAGACAUUAAUCUUGAUGAAAUUUGGAAUGCAAUCCAAUGA